GAGAAAAAAAAAAUAAGAAGAAAACCUUCUAACCUAACUAACCUCGAAUCAGAUUAGAAUUUAUUUGUACAACUAUGAAAUUUAGAGCUUUGAUUGUCGAUCCUGCCGCUAUGCGAGAUUUUAUGAAUAUAACAUUGAGUUUAUCGAAGUUUUCGAAAGAUUGUGUCAUGAGGAUAACAACAAGAAGGGUAUACUUUAUUAUUUCAGAGGAAGAUUGUGGCCCUAGAAGACCAUUAGUCUGGUGUGAAUUGCCUGUAAAUUUUUAUUUCAAAGAAUUCAAUGUUGUUGGUGUCAAUACUGAAUAUAAUGAAAUAUAUUUGGAGUUCUCCACAGCUCUACUUGCCCGGUCAUUGUCUAUAUUGAAACAAACGGCGAAGUCACUCAAAAUAAAAUUGACCAAUAAGGAAACUCCAUGCUUGACUAUCGAAAUGGAAUUGAUGGCCGGAGAGAUCAUAAGUCGACAAGUAGUUCAUGAUAUACCUGUAGAAGUUAUUUCCAGAAGACAUUGGUCUGAUUAUGAAGAACCUAGAUUCAAUGACUUUCAUGUAUCAAUACAGAUGCCAAACUUGAAAGCCUUGAAAAGUAUCGUGGAGAAAAUGAAGAACAUGAGUCACAGUCUUAUAGUUAGUGCAAACAAAAAUGGAAGACUGACGUUUCAGAUUAAAACAAAUGUUGUCAGCUUAUCUUCCCAUUUCACAGAUUUGAGCGUUCAGAGUUUUGCUGUUGGUCAAAUUCCCACAUACAACGAUGGAGAUGAAGAUAUGAAUGCUCAAGUAAUACGUUCUACUGUUGAUAUCAAGAAGUUUUUAAUAUUCCUCUCUGGCCUACAAAUAAAUAACUGCCAAACUUUUUGUAGUAUAGUUGAAGGAAAAAUGGUGAAGUUGAAUAUGGAACAGCCUGGUGCCCUUUCCAUUCAGAUAUUCCUGGCUGAAUUGAAUGUAUAAGGAAAACAUAAAAGUAUCAGUGCCACAAAUAUCAAAAAUAUAAUUCCAGUUGACUGUAAACAGCAUUUUAA